AUGGGUUGCGCUGGAUUCACCUGCUCCAAACACUCCCUGUGCGCGCUCAACAUCCUCUAUGUUAUGGUGAGCCUGCUGAUGAUCGGAAUCGCCGCUUGGGGGAAGUGGUUCGGUCUGGUCUCCAGUUUCCAGGUGGUGGGCGGAGUCAUCGGGGUGGGCGUCUUCCUCUUUUUUGUGGCUCUGGCCGGCCUCAUCGGCGCCAUGAAGCACCACCAGGUCCUCCUCUUCUUUUACAUGAUCAUCCUUUUCAUGGUGUUUAUCGUGCAGUUCUCUGUUUCCAGUGCCUGUCUGGCUAUCAACAAAGAGCAACAGGAUCAUCUGCUAGAAGUCGGCUGGAAUAACUCGCAAAGCACCCAGAAGGAUGUCGAGAAGAGCCUCAACUGCUGUGGCUUCAGACAGGUUGACCUCAACGCCACCUGUGACGCCGCCUGCUUUCCCAAUCACUCCUGUUUGCCAUGUGCCGAUAAGAUCCAGGAACACGCAGAUGAAGUACUGCGUUUCGUAGGAGGGAUCGGACUCUUUUUCAGUUUCACCGAGAUUGUGGGCGUGUGGCUCACCUAUCGCUACAGGAACCAGAAAGACCCCCGGGCCAACCCCAGCGCGUUCCUGUGA